GAGGCGGCGUGACCCGCGGCUGGACAUGGCUUCCUCAGCCGGGUCUUUGAGGAUCCUGUGGAGCCCUGCCGGCAGGUCGGCGGCGCUGCUGGGGGGCAGGUGGCUCCAGCCCCGGGCCUGGCUGGGGCUCCCGGACGCCUGGGGACUCCCUACUCCGCAGCCGGCCCGGGGCAAGGCGCGCGGGAACGAGUAUCAGCCGAGCAACAUCAAGCGCAAACACAAGCACGGCUGGAUCCGGCGCCUGAGCACGCCGGCCGGUGUCCAGGUCAUCCUUCGCCGUAUGCACAAGGGUCGCAAGUCACUGAGCCAUUGAAGAGCGCGACACCACCCGCGGGACCCCCCCCCUCCCCCCCGCCCCAUGAAAGCGUUUCCCUCGCCUUAGACCUCGUUUGGCGCUUAUUUUUUUGCGGGGAGAAGGGACGACUCGGACGUGAAUGUUCUCCAAAUUCGGGGGCUGGUCCAGGAAGAAGAUUUAGGGUGAGACUGGAAGAGGGGCGGGGUCAGACCUUGCCAAAUCCCUUUUUUUGCUUUUGAAUUAGGAAGAACUUCGAACAUACACAACAGUCCACAGAACAGUACAAUGAAUGAAUGGUACGCAGCCCUGACCACCAGCAGCUCACGACUCAUUCUAAUCCCUUCUGUGUUAAUUUCAUACAGAUCUCAGCAUCCUUUAAUUUGUUCUGUAAAUAAUUCAGAACGUAUCCCUUGACGAUAAGGACUCAUAAUCCCAACACUUACCACACUUAAAAAAUUAGCUGUAAUUCCUUAAUGUCAUUAAACAUCUAA